UCUGUUCAACUUGUCCUUUAAACAGACAACAAACGAAAAGCUAACAAAUUAGAAUUGAAACACAAAUUUCAAUAAUUUUCACAAACACGAAACGCCUAUCAUAAUUCAUAAUAAUUUGGAUUAUUCAUUCCAAUUCUAAACUACACAAACACAUAUUGUACCCAAAUUUUAAGUUCUAUUGCGAUUCUCACACUUCUUCGUAAGCACUAUAUUUAUAAUUUUCUGCCAAAUCUUGUCACGGCUGUGGUAUUGAUUUUACCGUGUGUUAAUGAUACAAGUUCCAAGCCUAUAGAUUACCAGCACAGCAGUACAGCACCACAUAGUUUACAUCUAAAAGGAUAGGAAGAGGUUCAGGAUGGUCUUAGAUUCGAUCAAGAAGGACGGAGAAGAUAAGGAAAACUUGUAUGAUGAUGAUGACGACGACGACUCGUCCGACGAUGGUUCAAAGCAAGGUGAUGACGAAAUGAGUGAAGAUGAUGACGAAUCCAACGAUGAUGAUGUCGAUACAGAUCACUCAACAUCGAGGGCAGGACCUUCACCCACGCGACAUCGCUUCCUUCAUAACGGCACCAAUGGCAUGGCUUCUUCUUCGAGCUGUGGGGAGUUUUUGGAGCUCUCAACAGCAAUUGACAACUCUGAUGCUAAUGGCACAGAUCUUGACGAUGAUAUCAAUAAGUUGGGCCCAGAACUUGAAGUCGGGGUCCAGUAUCUGGUGAAGCGAGCGGAUAAUAAUUGGUACCCUGCCGAAGUCAUUCACAGAAGGCCACAUGAAGACGAUGCAUCUAAUGAGUUCGAGUACUAUAUUCACUAUGAAAAUUUUAAUCGAAGAUUGGACGAGUGGGUUACUCGUGACCGUAUCAUGAAUUCCAAGUUUGCAAUUAAACGACAUGCAAGUGUAGGAACAGGCACACCAACGUUACCAGCAGAAAGCGCUGGGCCUUGUAUAAGUGGACCCUCUGCAGAACCAAGAAAGGUCACACGAAACCAAAAAAGAAAACAUGACGAGAUAAAUCAUGUACAAAAGGCAAUCGAUGAAAUGGACCCAACUACGGCAGCCCUAGAACGAGAACACGAAGCUAUCACUAAAGUGAAGUACAUUGAUAAAAUUCAGAUAGGAAAUUACGAAGUGGACACUUGGUACUUUUCGCCAUACCCAGAAGAGUAUGGAAGAGUUAAAAAAUUGUGGAUAUGCCAAUACUGCUUGACUUACAUGCAGUACGAAAGCACAUUUCGUUGGCAUUUCGAUGAAUGCACAAAACUACAACCGCCAGGAAAAGAAAUUUAUAGAAAAGGAACGAUCUCGAUAUGGGAAGUUGACGGAAAAGAUCAAAAAUUAUACUGUCAGAAUAUAUGUUUGUUGGCAAAACUGUUUUUAGAUCACAAAACACUAUACUUUGACGUUGAACCUUUCCUAUUUUAUUUGAUGUGUGAAACUAAUCAAAACGGAUCGUAUCUUGUGGGUUAUUUUUCAAAAGAGAAAGAAAGCCCGGAUGGGAACAAUGUUGCGUGCAUUCUAACCCUACCUCCAUUUCAAAGAAAAGGCUAUGGAAAACUGCUUAUUGCGUUUAGCUAUGAAUUGUCAAAAAUUGAAAACGCGAUUGGAUCACCAGAAAAACCUUUGUCUGAUUUAGGGAAAUUGUCCUAUCGAUCUUAUUGGAGUUGGGUGUUGCUGGAAAUCCUUCGAGACUUUCGUGGCGUCCUCUCAAUUAAAGAUUUAUCCAAUAUGACAUCAAUCGCUCAAACAGAUAUAAUCUCAACUCUUCAGGCAUUGAACAUGGUCAAAUACUGGAAGGGCCAGCAUGUCAUUUGUGUUACUCCGAAACUUGUUGAAGAACAUCUCAAAGCUUCUCAAUGGAAACGACCACGACUCACAGUGGAUCCAUCACGUCUUAAAUGGUCCCCACCCAAGAAAUCUUCCAGCAGAAAGAAGUAGAGGGAGGAGACGGCACGAAUCUGAUCUAUUCAGAAUUCAACCCGUUAUUUUGAAUAAAUUGAAGCUGCUUGUUUACUAAUAUGUUGCUUUUUUUAACUUUAAUUAAAUGAUACUGAAUAAAGUUAUUGUACUAUAUCACUUUAUUCUACAUA